UCUGCUUUGGCUGCUCCCACAACCAACCCAGCUUGCAUCCCUCAGCUUGAUCCCAACCCCAAAGCUCGUGCCGCUGCUGUCUCUGCUCGUCGUAACGGCUUCAUCUACGGCCCGUCCCUCACCGGCGAGGCCGCCCCCUUCCCUAAUGGCACACUUGGCAAUGCUCGUACCCAGGCCGACUACGAUGCAUGGAGCCAGGACCGAGCUAUUCAAACCGUAACGGCCACACUUUCAUCAUACUGGAAGAUGGAAUUAAGUACUAACUUCACAUUGCAGAACGGCGGCCUCAACAGUUGGCAAGACUACGAAAAAAUUCUCUAUGAUGGCCAGCUCAAUAAUACAAACCCUCGAGGUACCGCUCCCGGUAUCAUUUCCAAUGCGACCCAAGAUCUACUUUUCUCCAUGGAACGCCUGAGCGAGCAUCCCCAUGCCGUCCGUCGCGUUAUGGCCCACGAGCCCCUUCCUUUUCCAUUAGACGAUGUCAUAACGAGUAAGAUUGUCGGUUCUGGAAAUACGCUUGAGUCUCUUCAGGCUAGCAACCGCCUUUUCAUUGUCGACCACUCCUAUCAGGCCAAGUACGACGUUGCUACUGUCGUCAAGCGUUUCCCCGUCGCUUGCAGCGCCUACUUCUACAUCGACCCAGAGUCUGGCAACUUUUUGCCUUUGGCCAUUCGCACCAAUGUUGACGCCGACCUGAUUUACACUCCUCUCGACUCCGCUAAUGACUGGUUACUGGCAAAGAUGAUGUUUAACGCCAAUGACAUGUUCCACGCGCAAAUGCUGCACCUUGUUGUGUCGCACGACGUCACCGAAUCUGUUCACCAAGCUGCUCUUCACACUCUCAGUGAGAACCACCCCAUAAUGAUUCUUCUCGAGCGCCUCAUGGUGCAAGCCUAUUCUUCUCGUAUCGUUGGAGAAGAGCUUUGCUUCAACCCUGGCGGCCACUGGGAUCAGCUCAUGGUUUUUAAUCAGUUUGGCUGCCGUCAAUUUGUUACUGACAGCUGGCCCGUUGACGGUCGGUACCAGAGCGGAUAUCUGGAAAACAACUUGAGAGCCCGUGGUCUGAUUGAUGCUAAUGGAAAAUCCGUCUUUAACUCUUUCCCCUUCUACGACGACGCCAAGCGCAUCCGUGACAACUACCACAUCUUCUUCAAAUCUUUUGUCAACUCGUACUAUAAAAGCGAGAAUGACCUCUCUGGCGACUUUGAGGUUCACAACUGGUUCAACGAGGCCAGCACAAUGGCCAAGGCUCAGGACUUUCCCCAGGAGAAGAAUCUAAGCAAGAAAGUUCUCAUCGAUGUCCUCACCCACUUCGCAUAUGCUACCUCAGUCUCGCACCACAGCGUCAACGGGGGCGCUCCUAUCGCCUCCGGUGCCCUGCCAUUCCACAUUCCCGCCAUUUACACUGCUAUCCCGAAGGAGAAGGGCGUCAAAGACCUCAUGCCGUAUCUGCCAGACCCUGCCACCGCUGUUCAUUACCUAGGAUUUAUGGCUUCGUUUAAUCGCCCAUUCUAUGGCAGCGACGGACGGACACUUAAGGAUGCUUUUGAUGCCACUACUGUGCAGCGUUUAAACCAGGACACAAAACGUGCUUCUAAGGCCUUGCUGGACAGUAUGCAAAAGCUCAGCCAACAGAUCCGCAGCCGUGCGUUCGACAGCCAGGGAUUGAGUCAGAAUAUGCCUUUCAUUUACAGGACUCUGGAUCCUGCUUACAUUCCCUUCUUCUGUGCCGUCUAG